UGUUUGUCUCUGCUUUUGAGAAGAAAGACAGAAAAAGAAACGAAACACAGUGCCUUGUAUCUCUCUACACAACACAGUAUACUAAUGUGCUUUGGAUGACGCUACUUCCUUUCUACGAACAACCAUCCUUAGGGCUUUUUUCAACUCUUCCUUGCAUUUUCCACUUUUUCUUUUUCACUUACCUCUUAUCCUAAGUCUCCUUCUUUCCCAUUUUCUUUCUCAUACUAAAACCUUUUUCAUUUUGGCCAAUUUUUCUCUGCCAUUUUUCAUUUCCCCUUUUUUUUUUUGUUUUGGUUCUGUUCUGAAAAGGGUUUGUUUCUCUUUUCAGAAUUUCGUCGGAUUAUUUGGGGAAGUUUCUAUCUUUGUCUUGUUCUGUUCUGUAGUGUGUUUUCAGUUUUUAAGUUUUGAGCUUCACUAACUUCAGCAUACUCCUUUGAGUAAAUGAGUAACAUGAAGUUGGAGUUGCAUGUUGGAAUUUUUGUCACCUGCAUGGUGAUUCUCUCUGGGACUUUCUGUGUUGGAGAUACUGACAUGGUUGAUGUUGCAGCAAUAAAUAGUCUUUAUGUUUCUCUGGGGUCACCACCACUUCAAGGGUGGAAACCCGUGGGAGGAGAUCCAUGUUUGGAACUGUGGCAAGGUGUGGCUUGUGUCUUCUCCAACAUAACUGCAAUACACCUUGGAGGCAUGAAUUUGGGUGGACAGCUGGGCAGCAAUUUGAAUUUCCCAUCAGUUAUAGAAUUGGAUCUUAGCAACAACCACAUUGAAGGGCCUAUUCCAUUUACUUUGCCCCCUACUCUGAGGACCUUGUCUCUCUCGGCAAAUCGGUUGAAUGGAAGCAUUCCAGAUGCUUUGUCCUUAUUAACUCAAUUGUCAAACUUGGACUUGUCAAAUAACAACUUGAGUGGUCAGCUGCCUUCAUCAACAGGGAGUUUAUCAUCUCUUACCACAUUACACUUGCAAAACAAUCAACUUUCUGGGACCCUUUAUGUUUUGCAAGACCUGCCUCUCCAAGAUCUGAAUAUAGAGAACAAUUUAUUCUCAGGGCCAAUUCCUCCAAAAUUGCUGACUAUCCCCAAUUUCAGUAAAAAUGGGAAUCCCUUUAAUACUACUAUUAUUCCAUCACCUCCUGCUGCGGCCCCUGCACCUGUAGCUAUAGGUUCAUCCCCCCAAGAAUCGCCUUGGAAAAUGGCACAUGGUCCUUCUGCCCUGACAGCACCAGUGCCUGCAAGUACUAGGAAGUCUGUUAUAGCUAAGAGUGUCAUUUGGAUUGCUGGUGCAGGCCUUUUAGUAUUUAUUGUAUUGGGAGUUUGUCUUGUAAUGUUGAGGUGCAUUAAGAGAAGGCCGGAGAAGAAAAAUGCUAAGAAACUUGAUGAUGUGGGUGUGUUUGCGGGACCUUUGAAUAAACCUACAUGCAGUGACUCUGAUGUUGAAACAGCUAAUCAAGAGGAGAAAGGUAAAUGUGAAGUACCAAAUAGAAGUACAAAUUUCAUUCCAAAGGUUCAGGAAGAACAAGACAUAUAUGUGAAAGUAGUAUCUGCAACAUCAGAAGGCAAUAAUGGUCAUGAAUCAAUCAACACUGGAGGGGCUUCCAAACUUUCAUCCUUACAGCCACCACCACAACACUUUCUCCCAACCAGUCCUGGUGAGAAGGUCAUCAUCAAUCCUGCUAUAACUACACAAGUAACUGAAAGACAAGUUAUGUCAAAUUCCAUCAGAGUUUAUACUGUUGCAUUGCUUCAACAAUAUACAAAUAGCUUUUCCCAAGAAAACUGUAUUGGGGAAGGUACACUUGGGCCUGUUUAUCGGGCUGAGCUCCCUGAUGGAAAGCUAUUGGCUGUGAGGAAAUUGGAUGCUACUGCUUCCAUGGGUCAGAGUCAUGAACAAUUUCUUCAACUGGUGUCCAGCAUUUCAAAAAUUCAGCAUGCAAAUAUUGCAAGGCUUGUGGGCUACUGUGCUGAGCAUAACCAACGACUACUUGUAUAUGAAUAUUGCAGUAAUGGAACCCUACAUGAUGCACUGCAUGGGGAUGGCAAUCACCGUAUCAGACUUCCAUGGAAUGCACGCAUUCAGGUGGCACUUGGAGCUGCAAGAGCUUUAGAGUAUCUGCAUGAGAGCUUUCGGCCAUCUAUUGUGCAUCGAAAUUUUAGGUCUGCUAAUGUUCUUCUGAGCGACAAUUUGGAAGUGUGCAUCUCUGAUUGUGGAUUAGGGCCAUUACUAUCUUCUGGCUCUACUGGUCAGUUAUCAGGACGCCUCCUUACAGCUUAUGGUUACAGUGCUCCAGAAUUUGAGUCUGGAAGUUAUACGCAGCAAAGUGAUGUCUUCAGUUUUGGUGUCGUAAUGCUAGAACUCCUCACUGGACGAAAAUCCUAUGACAAGUCACUGCCUCGUGGAGAGCAAUUUUUGGUCAGAUGGGCAGUCCCUCAACUCCAUGACAUUGAUGCAUUGUCAAAAAUGGUUGACCCCUGCUUAAACGGAGCCUAUCCUAUGAAGUCCUUGUCACGUUUUGCAGAUAUUGUUUCUUCAUGUAUACAGCGUGAACCUGAAUUCCGGCCGGCAAUGUCAGAAAUUGUUCAAGAUCUCUUGAGAAUGAUGUAAAAGGAGAUGUGGAGCCGAAGAUAAGCUUUGGUUCCUAGAUCUUCCUAUCUAUUUUUUCUUUGUUAAAUUUUGUGAGCCAAAGAUAUUUUCCUUGUGUGUGGAAAAUCUGCUUACUAAUGUAAUUAUGAGUUAGCAGGAAUGUUGUGCCAUAGUUUAUACUUCAUUGUUCUUUUUUUUUUUUUUUUUUUUUAAAUUAUUAAGAUAAUAGUCAACAAGCAUGUUAUGGGCUCAGAUUCACGAAAAUGUCCUCCAUCCUUGCACACAUUGGUGUAGACACUAUGAUUUUGGGCUAUGUAUCAUAUGUAAAGUAUGAACCCCUCAAAAUUGUUUCACCUUUUAAGAUACGGCAUUGGUGCAAAUUGUAUUCCGGGGUUUGCUAGUGAUGGCUAUUUAUGUUAUUGUUAUUUUGAUGGUAGAAAA